UGUCCUCCUGCUCAGCUCCUCCUCAGUCUGCAUGCCCAGCUCUCCUCCUCCCAGCAGCAUCAGGACCAGACUAAGGAGGCGCCAGGUGUGCAAGACACACCCACACGUCUUCCCAACACCCCCCACAGGGACAAGACACCAGAAGCACCUGCGGAGGACUGUUCCCAGCUGUAUCGCCGUGGUUACCAUAGUAAUGUCUGUGUCACCAUGGUUACUUGAUUCUGACAUGUUCCAUCUGUGACAGAAGCACCUGCGGAGGACUGUUCCCAGCUGUAUCUCCGUGGUUACCGGACAAGCGGAGUGUUCACCAUCAGCCCGCAGACAGGCGUGCAGUUCCGCAUCUGGUGCGACAUGGAGACUGCAGGCGGUGGCUGGUCAGUUAUCCAGAGGCGUGUGGACGGUUCGGUGCUGUUUAACCGGACGUGGGACCAGUACAAGUGGGGAUUCGGGACCGUAGAGGGGGAGUUCUGGUUGGGGAACGACAAAAUCCACCAGCUGACGGCCCGCGGCGACGCCCGGCUACGGGUCGAUCUCACCGACUGGGAGGGGAACACUGCAUACGCGGAGUAUAACACCUUCAGGCUGUCUGACGAGAGGCACAAGUACAGACUGGAGAUCUACGGCUACUCCGGCACCGCAGGCGACGCCAUGACCGGGAGCGACCCCAACAACGGAGCGCCGUUCUCGACGCUGGACCGGGACAACGACGGUUACUCCGGGAUAUCGUGCGCUGCCGGGUACGGCGGGCAGGGCGGCUGGUGGUUCCAUAACUGCGGCCAGUCGUACCUGAACGGGCGCUACCUGCGGGACUGCGGCUUCUCGUGUCCGUACGCACAGGGCGUCGUCUGGAGCGAGUGGAAAAACUUCCACUACUCCCUCAAACACGCCUCCAUGAAGGUCCGACCAAACAACUUCCAAAUCAGCAACAACAAAAACUAAAUGGGAUCAGCGAACCAAAAUAGUUGAAAUUCCACCAUGUGAAAACAGCAAGUGAAUCCAGAAAUAACAAACAGCUGAGAUGCCUCAUUUAGCCAUCCUUACUGAUAAUUUGAUAUCUUCAAUUUGCUGUAUUAUUACUAUUAAGUAUACAGCUCUACCGUUAGUGCCAAGCUGCAACUUCAAUGUAGGUCUAAGCGUUAUUAUGAUUUGAUGCCGAUGUCAACAAAAGAAAACAAUGAAAUAAAAAUGAUGAAAACAAAA